AAUUCGCCGAGCAAAGUCAAAAAACACUUGCAUAAUAUUAAUCAACUAAAACAAUAACGGAGCCCUACUUGCCCUGCUGCUGCAUCUGCUAAUUAACCUAUCUCUCCCCCAUAUAGUCAGAUCCAGCCACUCUCGUGCUUUCUUUGCUACGGAUCACUUGGCGCUCUUUGUACGGCCGCUCUACUUUCCAGAUCUCGGGUCGAUUCACGCGAAAUCCUCGAGCUCCCCAGAAUUUCGUCAUCCAAAAUUAGUACUGGCUUGGAGGUCGAACCACGUAGGGCCAUGCUAGACGAGCAUCGGCCUGAUGCACCGCACGUCGGCAAUCUCGUCGACAGUGAGCCAAGGCAAGUAGCAUCAUCUGCUAUGCUUGUAGGCUCACGCGAUUCUCUUCUACCGCCUCCGACGGUGGAACCGACUCAACCACGAAACGUCUCUUCCAUUCAACUGCCAUCUUUGUCUCAGCAACAUCCGACAGCUCAGGAUGGCAUCAUUUCUCAACUUCAGUCUUCUCUCCAGUCCCAACUUCAUGUUCACAGCCAGAUACUUGAAGAACAAAGACAAGAGAUCGACAACCAGCGACACCAUAUCGCGCGCAUUGACAAUGCGAUAGACGCUUUGCAUCAUGAACAGAGAAACAUAUAUGCCUUGGUUGAUGAAGUCAGGCAUGAAUUGCGAGCCCGUGGCCCUGCUACAGAGCAUCCUGACACAAGCGAAGUUGACAUUCUCACCGAAAGAGUUCAGAACAUUGGAGCCCAGACAAAUGAAAUUGCGGGUCUGAAGAUGCAGGUGGACAUUCUGAGAAGUCAGGUCAGACGUCUUGAGCGUUCUGAGCGCCUCGGAUCACCGGGACCAGGAGGCGCACCACCAUCAGAAUCUCUCGGACACGAGCAGGCCGCUUCGGGGCAUGCGCCACCUUCGACAGCUCCAUUCAUGACCAACACACCUAGUGCACCGGAUCAAAGACCCUUGCUCUACCAAGCCCCUAUCGAGAACCGUCUUCCUGCUCCGAUCGCUGCCAAUCCCGAACUUCCUGAUCCUCGUAUUCAAGCCGAGUCGCGUACGCUACCUGGUAUCCGUUCAAUCGACGCUUCUUGCGCCACCCCUCUCUCUUCAUGGCGGCCAGCAGGCGGAAUUCCUCCUUCACAAUCUGCACCGGUCGUGGGUUCUUCACCGCAGAUCGAGGCUCCUGCACCUGGCAGUGGAUGGGCGGCUGUCAACACAAAUACGGCACCAAAACGUCUGAUCUCGGAACCCUCCUUCGAGUCUAGCACGCCUGGAUCGCCGAAAAGACAGCGUUUGGCUCCCUUGAUGCCUCGCACAAACUAUGACCAGCAAAGCCCUGCGCAAGGCUCAUCUCCCUACCAUCAUUCAGUUUCUGGUGAUUCUUUGCCCACCGUCCCUACCUUGCAGUCUACACAAAAUCCGUCCAAUGAGUCGACCGGAAGUAUGCCUCCUCAACCUAACCCUCUGCGUUUCGUACAGUUUGCCUCUGGACUGGACUCUGCACAAGAUGAAUCAUGGCGUCAGGAUGGAUCGCGUCUUGGACCAGGAUCAGUGAUGGAUAGAUCGCGAGGCAGCCCAAGAAGAGGAAGAGGUGGAAGAAGCCGAGGAGGGCGUAAAAGUGGAGGUGGAGAAGGCGAUCGGGCUACGCCAGAGUGGGAGGGUCGUCCUGACAGUGUUCAGAUCGUCAAUGCGACCGAAGGACAUGGAGGACUGAUGCCCACGCCUGAACAAGCCAGCGAGACGACUGCCGGCAUGUACCCCGACCCGCACUUCAUGCCCAUCACCACGACCGCCGAUGUAGCUUCCUCGAACAACCCGACCAAGAAGACUCGUACUAAGCCUGUGCGUAACGCAGACGGUAUCCUGAUACGUAAAGACGGGAGACCAGAUAUGCGCAGCGUAAGCAGUGCGAUGAAUCUGAAAAAAGUGCACGCAAAGAAGGAGGCGGAACGCGCCAACAACAAGGAGACAUCUGCAGCUUCCGAGGACACAAAGGACAAGUCAACUCCACACUCGACGUCAGAACAUGAUGCCGGGGACAUGAGCGUCGCAAGUCCCAGCGUGGACGAGCAUGCCACGGAUGGUGAAACAAGUGUUCUGGACCGUCACCAGGAAACCAUGCGCAAGAUCUUCCCAUACGGUAUCGACAGCAGCGACAACACUGCCACGAGCGUUCAGAGUAUGGCACAGCAAUUCUUCCCUAGGUCAGACGACAAUCGCGCCGCACCACAAGUUAAGAUCGAAGCUAUGGUCGAGAGCAAGGCGACAACUAAGGAAGCACAUAAAUCACAUGAGGGACCGAAGCCCCUGAUUGACGGCGAAAGAAGCAUGGUGCACCACACCGGAGGACAUCCUGAUGUCGAGAUGAGUGAUGCAAAAUAAACCAUGCCUGCUGAGGAAUGGCAAAUCACCAUGAUCGUCUCACACGUUGUUACGCCUUACGAUCUUCUUUCAGAAAAUUGCGAACAUAUUGCUGGUUUCUUCUUAUAGACAGGAGCCCCUCCGGUAGGGAAGGAAAAGGAGUAGCAAAUAAUGGAAUCAGGGAACAAGUCGACCAGUCUAUUCUGGAACAGUACUACCAGUUGGAUGGUAGCAAUUCCCUCGACAAACACCAUACCCAAAUGCUUUAUUGCUCUAUUUUAGCCAUUCAAACGUACACAUAUACCCAAGGCGCGCUGGUUUGUUCAGGCGUUGGGUUUUACUUCACUGCCACAAGCGAAUAAUACAAUUUUCAUAAAACAACAAC